CUGCUGCUGGAGCUGCUGCUGCCAACACAUGUAACCAGGCAACAGCAAACAAACACAUCGCAGCCUGUAUCAUCACUGGCUUUGCACACAGACCGUCUUACACAGGUGAACGUAGAGUUCUUCUCGGUCAUAAAAUGAGCUCUGAGGUGUUAGUGUCGCGACCACACUUUGACGGCAGAGCUGUGGCUCACGGGGCCCCAGACAGCGAGGCUCCCGAGGGGCCGGAGGCCCUGCAGAGCUCCUCGGGCUCACACACAGCCGGGUACCGCUCUGCCAAGUACUGCCCUGCUGAGUGGUUCUCCAACUACCACAGCAUCCUCCUGCAGUCCGGAACCGACCACCGUGAUGCUCAGGACGUCCAGCGACGGUCCAAAACCCUUUACCAGGACACCGAAGCAGACACGCUGCAGAGGCAGGCAGAGGGGACGCGUCUGCUGGGAGAAGCGCUGCUAGACAUCCACUCCUGGAGGUCCGAGCUGCAGCGGCACAUCGACCAGCUGCUGGCCGACACCCAGGCUCUGCUGGCGCUGAAGACGCGGCUGGAGAAGGCGCUGGACGCCACCGAGGCUCCUUACGCCAUCGCCACCGAUAAUCUAAACUGCAGGACGAGGAGAAUGGGACCAGACCUGGUUAAGGAUGCUGUGGAGGAGGAACUGUUGAAGGAAGUGGAUUUGAUCAGAAGUGUCCAAGCUCUCCUGAAGAGAACUACAGCUCAGGUUGUCACUCAGAUCAAGAUGAACAGAGAGGCUAAGCAGAUGCUAGAGUCAGACUGGUCUGAUAAGUACCAGGCCUACAACCUGGACGACCACUGUGGAAGACACAACAACAUGAGCCCAGACACAAAGCACCACCCGAGCUCAGGCGCCCUGCAGGAGCAGGUGUGCAACCGCUCAGCAUGGACAAAGUUCACUCAGGACAACCUGAACAAGGCCCUGCAGGAGGAGCAGGCCACCAGCAGCCUCAGGCUGUUGGUGGAGCAGCUGCUGCAGGACACCACCAAGGAUCUGACCUUCCAGUGCUCCAGCGUGGACCAGGCUCUCAGUCAGCGCUGUGUGGAGCUGGUGGAGGCCAAGGCUCAGCUGGAGAUGAAGCUUACAAAGACCUUGGAGCAGAUUGGAGCCCAGGAGAAGAACAUUGUGGCUCUGCACAAGGCUAUUGACAACAAAGAGGCUCCGCUGAGAGUAGCUCAGUCCAGACUUUAUCUUCGCUCCCUCAGACCCAACAUGGAGCUGUGCAGGGACGAACCUCAACUCAGCUUGGAGGGGGAGGUGAGACAAAUCAAUGCAACUCUGACGGCCCUGCACCAGCAGCUGAGCGAUGCCAGAACCUCCCUGUCGCACCUGGAGGAGUCACGUAUGGCCCUCGUCAAAGACAUCAACUGUAAAACCCACUCGCUGUUCAUCGACAGAGACAAGUGCAUGACUCAGCGGAAACGGUACCCAACGGUCUCUGCACUGUCAGGAUACUAACACCAUGACCUUUCUGUUUGUGUGCCCGUGUGCUGUGUUUCAGUCCUAGUUGGUUUUGUGGUGUGAUGUCAUGUAAGACCACUGUGUCACUGUGCGAACUAUUGAAGGUUGUUGUUACUGCAGAAGUGCUUUCAGUUUGUUUUGCAGCAGCGGACUACAAUACAGAAGAUAUAGUGUAAAUUGCUUUGUGCAAAAGCUUUUCAUUUUUUACAAAUAAAUGCUCUUGCAAAAGUUGAGGCUCUGGACCACCUGGUGACAAAACAGCAGCAGCCAAAAUAAAAUGGAACAGAUUGAGCUCUACAAAAUUUUUACAUGGUGGAAAAAAAAUAAAAACAGGAAUCAUUCGUUUAAAUUAGGUAAGAGAAAUAUAAUUUGAAGCUACAUAAGUGACUUCAACUGAAAUAACGGGUCAACCCCCUAUCAGUCACGAGGUGGCGCCAUCGAUCCACAACAUCUCCUUCCUCCACAUACACUGAGCAUCUUCCACCAGCAUGAGCAACAUUAGCAUCCCGUGUGGGAACUUUUACAGUUAGUUACAUUAUAGUGGGUUGUACUUCACAUUACAGAAUUAUAUAAUAUUAAUAUAUUAUGUACAGCUUGAUGAAUUAUAUAUUAUUAAUAACUUUAUAUUGUGACCAUCUGCUUCACUCAGGUAAACGUCUCCAUUAACUAUGAAACCAAACUUCAUGCAUAGACACUGUUUUUCCUGUUGAACAUAAGAAUUAGGCAUGAAGAUUGGAUUAUGGUGAUUCCCAGGAGCAUUCACUGACCAACUGAGCAUGUGUAUAGAGUUUGGAAAUAAUGAGAAAAAAUGGGAAAUCCUAAUAAAAUCAACCAAU